CAAACAUUUAUUAAAAAUUUGUUCCUCCAAAAUUUCCAGUCUGUCUUUUGUAGAUAAUGCAAAGUGAGGAAAGCAAUUGUGAUUUGGUUGAAACCCAAAAAGAACAAAUCCUAAACCAUCUUCAGCAAUUGCAAGAAGAACUCGAAGCUAUUUUGAAAUCGAUUCAAAUGGAUCAGAACAGCAAAGAGGCUCGUUCAAAAAAUACUCAACUGGUGUCUUUUGAGAAAACUGACUUAUUGAAUAAAGCUGAGCUACAAGAAAAGCUUGAUAAAAAUUUAAGUAAUUAGAAUAAUGUAAAAUACAAAAUAUUUUGUGUGAAUCUUGUUUCCAUCUUGAUCCUAUACAUAUUUGCACGUUCUUUUAUGCCGUUUCAAACCAGCACGAGCCUGGUUGCACAAAAGCAUAGUGUCUAAAUUGUAUUGUAAAGAGAUGUUUUCCUUAGAUGCGAACAAUGC